UUUUAAACUAAACGAUCCUCUAAUUCCUAUUUUAGACAACAAAAGAAUGUCUACAAUAAAUGGAAUGUUUUAUACUUUAAUAAAUACUCCUUUAUAGGAUUAACAUUAUGCUUUUUUUGAAUAUUUGACUAGGAUUUUAUUGCAUUAAGAAAAUUUAAAAAUUAUAAAAAAUGAGAGUAUUGGGUUUAUGUUUUUUUUGGAUUUACUAGUCAAUUUUAAAGUCAAAUCUUCCUAAAAUAAUCUCUAUAUUUAAGUUUUGUCCAUUUUCGAAAGGUUUGUGUCUAAAUUAAGUAAUGAAGAAAUAGAAUUAAUGCUUGAUUUACUUUUAAAUAAUGAUAAUUUAAAAAAACUUAAUUAAAAUAAUGAUACUUCUUAUAUUAUUGAUGUCUUUUCUAUACUUUCUAUUCAUAUACUUUUAAAUACUAACCCUAAUCUUAUCGAGAAAAUCUUUAGUUCUUAGUAUAUUCUUAAUCUUUUUAAUUUUCUUGAUUGUAAAUGUCAUUCUGUUAGAGAAUUAUUUCUUAAAGUAAUUUUAGCUUGUUUAGCUACAUAUUCAAAAUAAAAAAAGAAAGAUAAUUAUGGAAAAAAAUUAAACUUUUAUAAUUUUUUAAAUAAAAAAUUAACUUAAAAUAAAAUAACAUAAAAUAUGUGCUAAACUAUGUUCGAAUUUGCAUUUUGGGAUUGUAAUAAUCCUAAUAUAUUAUACCCUCAUAAUACUUCUGUAGUUUCCACAUUACUAAAUAGAAGCGAAUAAGCUGAUUUAAUAAUGAAUUUGUCGAAAUCUUAUAUUGACUAAUCAAGAAAUAAUAGCAGAAUUAUUUAAAAUUUAGAUAUAUUAGAAAUAUUCUUUAAGAUAGUGUAAGAUCUUGAAAAUAUGGAAGAAAAAGAAAAGACAGCAAAUAUUUUUAGAUGCGAAAUGUUAAAAAUUUUCGAAGCAUAUUUAGACGAGAAAUAAAAUAUUAAUUUAAUGUUAGAAAACGCAAAUUUUUUACAUUGGUUUUAUUUAUUAAAAGGAAAAGAAGAAAUUGAAAAAGAACAAAUAAUGCAUAUUAUAUAGAAAAUUAUAAACGAGGAUUUUUCAAAAAAACAAUGUAAAAUAUUAGAUUAAUUUAAAAAAUUUAUGUUUGAUGAUAAUAAUGAGUUUUUAUUUUAAAUUCUAAAAUAAUUUUUCCAAAAGUUAAUAUAAAAUCCAACUUUAAAAGAAAAUUUUAAUAAUUAAUAUUAAUAAUAUUUUUUAAAGAAUUUCACUCUAUUAGUAUAAAAUCUAGACGAAUUAAUUGGUGUUAAUAUUCAGUUAAAAAUUCUAGCUUUAUAAUGUAUAAAUAAACUUGCCAGUAAAAAUUCCGGAUAAAUAAGACUUAUAAUGAAAAAUUUGUCACUAUUUGACAUUAGAGAUGUCUUAGUAAUUACUAUACUCUAAUAUGAUAUUUAAACUGAUAUUUUAGUUAAUUUAUUAGAAGGAAUUAGCUUCGAAACAGUUGCAAAUCAUUAACUUUUUGCAGAAAAACAUACUUUGGCUAGUAUUGUCAAAUUCUUUUUGGAAAGUAAGGAAAAUUUUGCACUUUAAAUGAUGAUUAUUAAAAUCCUAAAACAUGAUGUGGCCAUUAAUGAGGAGAAUUAAAAGUAUGUUACAAAAUUAUUUGAUAAUAAUAAAAUUACUUAGUUUUUUUACCCGUAAUAGAAAAAAAAAGCCAAUUAGUCAUCUUUUGCAAAAUGCUUACAUUCGAAUUAAUAUAACUAAUAAAAUAGUAGUUCGAAUAAUGAAGAUGAGGAGGGUGUUAAUAGGAAAUAAGGAGUAUCUUUUGAAGAGUUUUUAAAUGAGUUUUACUCUAAUACUUGGAUAGAUGAUAGAAAAUAGAUUCUUUUGAGAAUUAAUAUAUGCUUAGUACCAGUUAAGAUUGAAAAUUAAAAUUAUGAAAAUAAAAUUAAUGGCAAAAUUUAAAGUAGGAAAUAGAAAUUAAUUUAAUAGUUUUAAUAAGAAUAGGCUUUGGUUUAAAAAAAAAACACUGAAUAAGAACUUGAUUCGAAUACUAAAUUAAUUAAAGCGGCGGAAAAAAAUAGGAACUUUUAAAAUAAAAUAAAUGAAGGUAUUGAAAAAAAACUUAGUGAAGGAGAAAUUUCUUUCCUUAAUAUUCAUUUAGGGGAUUGUUCAUAAAAUAAUACUUUGUGA